AUGGCUUCGCAAGCAGAUAUGAAGGACCGCCAGUUCCUCGCCGUCAUUGGCGACGAGGACUCGGUCACCGGCCUCCUCCUCGCUGGCAUUGGGCACGUCAGCACGGGUGCCGACCAAGAAAAGAACUUCCUGGUGGUGGAUAGCAAGACGGACACCGCUACGAUCGAGUCUACCUUUGAAUCCUUCACUUCGAGGAAGGACAUUGGCAUCAUCCUCAUCAACCAACACAUUGCCGAUCGCAUAAGACAUCGGGUCGAUACCUACACUGCUGCUUUCCCGACUGUUCUCGAAAUUCCGAGCAAGGACCACCCGUACGACCCCGAGAAGGACAGUGUUUUGCGCAGAGUGCGCCGGUUGUUUGGCGAAUAA